AUGAAUGCCACGGUUCGGUCGAACAAACCGUCGUGUGGUGUCGUUGUCGUUGGCUACAAAUCUUGUCCCAACAGCCGCCAGCGACACCUCCCAACGGUCGCCGUGCAGCGGACAGACGCACACAGCAGAGCCCCAAACAAACUGGCUCCUCUGGUUGCUCAUAAUUAAAACUGUCAUCUGUCAGUGCUCGUGCUCGAGAAACCAAAACUCGCAAACGAGUCUCCGUAGCCGGGAGCGACUGUGGGAGGCGCGGCAGUGUUGGUGCGAAUGUGCGGCUCCAUUCCAACACCUACCCACCACCAUUCCCACCAUCCUCUUCCUCCUCCGCUUACGUCUGGUCGGUUGGAACGCGCGCGACCUGGUGAUUUGUAGCAGUAGCUUGCUGAUGUGUACCAUCCGGCCCGACCACACGGUACUCCCUUUUUCGGAACGCAUCGAUAUCAGAGAGCUCGCGCACGUCAUGACGACGUCUUCGGGACAUUCUGCACGCAACGGGAAGGCACAUCGCGAUCACCGUCACCAAAUCGGGCCAUCUCCUGUGGCGGCUACCGCGGCACGAACCCUACUACCUCCAGCUGGAUCGCGAGACACACCGGGUCCAGCGGGAGGUGUCCAACGGUUGCAAAAUGAUUAAAUAUGCAUCCCCCGCUCGCUGGUAGAGAUUGAGAGAUUCGUGUGGCUCUAGUAGCAAUGGCAGCAGGUUUUCCGACAUCCCACAGUGGAGAGGUCAGAGACCUGGAACCGUGGUUCGGCAGGCGGACGAUCAGCCAGUAGAGCGAAUACACCACUCAAUUGAAAUGCACGAUUUGUGCAGCGUUUGCGCGUGUGUUUCUCGUUAUGGUAGCAGCUCACCACAGAGAGAUCCACCUUCCGGAUAGCCAAAUAAAUAGUGCAAAAAUGCGAAUGCGAACCAAACAAGACCCCAAGACUUCACGCCUGCGGGGACGACGCAGUACACAAUGUCAUCCCCCAACCACAGUGUAGGGUAGACCAAACAAAAUAAAAAAAGAGUGGAGAAAAACAAGAAACGUGCACCUUUUAUUUCGAUUUUUGCACGAUGACACACGUCCUCGUAUGUGUGCGUGUGUGUGAAUUUGUGUGAGCUGCUCUCUUGCUCUAAGGAGAUCGUAAAAAUUGGAAUCAAAGAAAAGACGAAAAGACUGUACCGUAGGCGUGCGCAAGGCGGCGUCGUGGAGUGCAAGAUUGCAGGAGUCCAACCAUCCCAACAUACACGGAAGGUAGCACAGCGAAGAUGGUAUCGUGCUGAGGGUGCUUCGUGCUUUAUUUUGCCCGGGAACCUUCGGCCCGAGACUUUGCCUCGUAGUCGUUGGACCUUGCCUCAGGAAGCAUUAAUCGAACGAGAUUGGAACGCGCGUGCGAUCAACAUUUUUCACCCCAUCAGCACCACCACCAGCACCCACCACUUCAUCGUUUCGACGUUGGACGACACGAAACGAGCACAACAAAGCAGAGGCCCACGCUUUGGCUGCAUCAGCAAGGCCCCAUCCUCUGCGGAGUGUUUGUUCCGACUGGGUCCGAUCGGCGAUAGUAUAAUUUAUACGGGAAUUAAUUGUUUAUCAACCUUUUACGAUACAACACACCACAACGGCUACGGCUAUAUGCGACACAAGAAAUGGUGGACAGAGAGAGACAGAGAGAAAAAGGGGAAAAUCACACACACAGAGCAUAAUGUUGCAAAAUCUUGUGAUGUUCGCGGUGAGUAACAAAACGAAUUGAUUGUAAGAACACAGGGGUACAAUACAAACGGGAACCCUGGCCAACUACUGGAUUUUGCCUGCCAGCAAAGCAGAUACAGAAAGAAAGCGACAAAGUGGCGAGGAAUGCGCAUGGGGAAUGGGAGGGGGGAGGCAGAUAUAAAUGGACGUGAAUUUAUUGACUCCAAUAUUAACCUCGCCGGGGUCCAGGGGUCUACGAGAGGAAUCACGAGCAAACGAGUCUGGUAGAAGAUCGAAGGUGAAGGUUGCGAGCCAUUGGCUUCAGAGCGGUGUACAGCUGGAGUGAAGAAGAGGCGAUCCUGGCAACUUAGCUUGUGGUAUUUAUAACCCGGAUUGGAACACCCUCUUGGAUAUUCCCCCCCAAAAAAAAAAGAAGGGUCCCACAAAAAGACCAACAGGUAUAGAUGGUGU